AUGACCUAAACGUUUCAUAUGCCUGAUAGAAAAUUACGGCGGGCUAUUUUUUUAUUUAUUUAUUUAUGAAUCGUGUGUAGUAGCUUCUUCAUGGGGUGGCUUAUUAUCGAUCCUCUGUUAUCCUUUCCAUCUGUAGCGGCUGUAAUUUAAACAGAGGCGUAAGCCCGUCGGUACACCGGAGUGCGUGUGGACGUAGUUGCUGCUGCUGUGUUUAGCUGUAACCUGUCGGAAAAUGCAGCGCCUUUCACGUUUAAAGCGGGAAUUACAGCUUCUAAAUGCUGAACCACCUCCUGGAAUUAUGUGCUGGCAGCACAACAGCAACAUGAAUGAUCUGCGAGCACAAGUUGUUGGCAGUCCUGGUUCUCCAUAUGAAGGGGGCAUCUUCACCCUGGAGAUCCUGAUUCCAGAGAGAUAUCCUUUUGAACCCCCAAAAAUUCAUUUUCUAACUCCAAUUUACCAUCCUAAUAUAGAUACGGCAGGGAGGAUAUGUCUGGAUAUUCUCAAGUUGCCACCCAAGGGUGCGUGGAGACCAGCUCUCAACAUAUCUACUGUACUCACCUCUAUCCAGCUUUUAAUGAGUGAACCAAAUCCAGAUGACCCUCUAAUGGCAGACAUUUCAUCUGAAUUUAAAUAUAACAAAGCUGCAUUUCUUUCCAAUGCACGGAGAUGGACAGAGAAGCAUGCUGCAGGUAAAUCACAGAUUAUGGAAGAGGAAAAUACAGAAGAAAUGGUAACCACUGCUGCAGGCACUUCACAGAAAAGAAAGUGUGAAGAAAUUCUUGGAGACCAAGAUAAACGUCUCAAGUGAUUUUGAUGGAUCUAUAGAACAUGUGUUUGUGUGUACAUAUGGUAUCAAUUAUGUACUAUCAUGUACCCUUUAUAGUUUCAUAUCUUUAAAGGUUACCAUUUUUCAUUGUCAUGGAUGCAGUUGUCUUGUCUGCCUGGAGACCUGAAAUGCUAUAUCUUCAUUUCUUGAUUAAUGCACCUUCGAUAACGCUCAACCAGUUAUAGAGAAUACUAUUGUGAAUUCCAGAACUAACAAUAUUUUUCAUAGAUAUUACCACUGUGAGCCAUGUUGUUCCUUUUGACCACACUCUGCCUUUGAAAAAUUAUAUGUUAGUUGUUGCCAAAACAAGUGAUUUUUGUGAUACUUUAGCUUGGAACAUCUGAUGCCUUCCUGUAAUUAGUUAAUAGUCAGCUUUUUUAGAAAAAUAAUAAACAUGUAAACCAAUUAUGCAUAUACACAAUGAACAAUUAACAUGUACAGCAUUUUCAGUGCUAAAUUGCAAUAUUUACCUUACAAAUAAAAUAUAGUCUUGGGUUAAAUACA